AUGGCUACUACUGCGACAAAGACCAUCUCCCCAGUUAAGCUUUUGCUGGAGCCUCGAAAUGCCCUCGCCGAUGCUCCACCUGGUGACUGGCGCGCGGAGCUUCGCGAAAAUGGGUUUGCAGUGAUCAAAGGUGCAAUCCCACGGGAAACGGGCGUCGGCUACCAACAAAGGGCCCGUCAAUGGUUGAAGUCAUUCGAGAAUAGCGAGCUGGACUACGAGGACCCUGAGACCUGGGUGGCGAAGAACCUUCCCGUCCAGAGCACAAUCAACACUUUCAGUGCCUAUGCGGUCGCGCAUGAGAAGUUCAUGUGGGAUGCUCGCAUGGAGCCAGGGGUUGUUGACGCCUUCGCCAAAAUCUGGGGGACUGAUGAACUCCUCGUCAGCUUUGACAGUCUGAACAUCACUUUCCCAAACCGCAAGGAUGUUCCGCGGAAGGGUGCGUGGGAACAUGUGGACCAAAGCCCUUUGCGGCGCGGUAUGCAUUGCAUCCAAGGAAUCAUCAACCUCUCCGCGGCGGGCCCAGAUGAUGGAGGACUCGUGGUAUAUCCUGGUUCCCAUCACUUUGUUGAUGAGUACUUUGAUACCGAAACAGAGUCGUCUACAUGGGCUCCCAAAGACCUUUAUUGGUUUGACCAGACUAAGCUCGACUGGUUCAAGAAGAAGGGCAUCCACUCCCACAAGGUCUGCGCAGACAUUGGCGAUCUUAUUGUAUGGGACAGUCGUACCAUUCACUAUGGUGCUGAGCCAAGUGAGGCCAGUAAUACCAUCCGCACUGUGAUUUACGCUGCCUACUCUCCUGCAAAGUUUGCGACCCCCGAGACCCUCGAACGCAAGAGGCAGAUAUUCAACAAGUAUGGAGGUACCACCCACUGGCCUCAUGACAACGUCGUCAUUCGCAAGAAUUGGGCCAUGCUCCCUGAUGGAACCCGAGAUCCGCGAGAUCGCGAAGCGCCUCUUGAGCUCCCCCAUAUGAGUGAUCGGUUAUUGAAACUUGCCGGUGUGAGGCCAUACUAG